AUGGACUACGAUAACGCACGCGAUUUGGACACGGUGUCUGGCGGUGGGCGGGAGGCCCACGAGGAGCGAGGGGAUGUGAUGGACCUAGACGAAGAGCUGAUGCUGAGCGAGUCCUCGACCGCGAGGUCAGGCAGCUGCAGCCGUCAGGGCAGUCCUAUGGCGAGGAAAAGGAGGGGUCGGCCGCCCAGUACCCGCACGUAUGCAGGACUGGCGAAGGCCAAGCACUUGAUCCUUGAUGCCGAACAGCUGGACGAGGAUCAAAGCCGGGCGGAGGCGAACGCGGCUGCGAGAGCCCUUGCGGCGCGGGCUAAAACCCGAGCUCGGAUUCUCUCGAGGUUGCUUUCGGACGAGGAGGACGAAGACUUCCAAGCGGCCGGUUCCUUGAGCCAAAUCAUUAAAGAAAAUGUCGAGGUGAUCAAGAAGGUGGCCUCCACCUCGAAAAACCUUAAAGGCGGAUACAUCAAGGCCCUUAAGGACGCGGCUGAGGAAAUCGCGAAGACUGCUAAGGUCCUUCAUAGCAGGAGCGUUUCCGAGGAAACGAAGGGCCUGCAGGCGGCGAACGCCCGUCUACUAGCCGAGGUUGCACAGCUCCGGAAGGAGGUCUCCGAAAUGAGGGAGAGGUUUACUGCGCCUGUGGCGAGACCGGAACCGCGGAUUGACAGCGAGGACCUUGUACGCACCAUCCUCUGCCAAGUGGGCACGAUGGUGAAUGCAAGGUUUGAGGCUCUUGAGGACCGGCUCCUGCCGGAGAGGCGCAUCCGCCCCCCGCUUGCGGCGGAUAACAGACCCGAGCCUGUGGCACAACGCGCCCCGGUAGGCCCAAGCCCAGGAACGAGCGGACAAGCCUCGGGCAGUACCCCGGUCAGUGCCCCGGAAAAGACUGUAGGGAAAGCCCCAAAUAAGCGUUCCAGGACCAGGGCUAAGACUAAGGCGGCGGAGCCCCAGGCUCAGCCCCAAUCGCUGGCGGCAGAGCAACCUCAGCAGUCUGGUGAGCUGCCGUGGAGCGAAGUGGUUAGGAGAGGGGCUAGGGGAGGGAGAAAGGCGGGCCAAACUCGGGUCCCCGCCAACCCCAACGCCCAGAAGAAGAGAGCGCCACGAGCGCCAACGGUCAGCGAACCGAAAUCUGCUGCAGUGGUAGUUACCAUAACGCCGGAGGGAUUCUCAAAUGGCCUCACGUACGACAGCGUAAUCGCGGAGGCCAAGAGAAAAAUAAGACUGCAGGACAUCGGGAUCACGACCGGUGUACGGUUUCGGGUUUGCGCCACCGGGGCACGGCGUUUCGAAGUGAUGGGUUCAGAGAACGGUCCGCAGGCGGACGCGCUGGCGCAGAGGCUGGCCCAGGUAUUUGAUGGGAGCCUGGUCCGCGUCUCCAGGCCGGCUAAGACGGUGGAAAUUAAAGUGUCGGGCUAUGACGACUCGGCCACCGUCGAGGAGAUCCUGGCUGCAGUAGCGGAAGCGGGGAGUUGCCCGAGAGAGAGCCUCCGUUGCACCGGGGUAAUCCAUGACCGAUUCGGGGUAGGGCACGCAUGGAUUGAGUGCCCGGUCGCUACGGCGAAGAAGGUGGUCGCAGCUGGCCGUGUUACCCUGUCCUGGGUGUCCGCCAGUGUAAAAAUGAUGGAGCCUAAGCCACUGCGCUGUUACCGUUGCCUCCAGAAGGGGCACGUAAGAGCGCAGUGCAGCUCGGACAUCGACAGGAGCAACCAGUGCUUCCGGUGCGGGGUGGACGGGCACAAGUUUAAAGAGUGCACAGCAGACCCGCACUGCACCAUUUGCGCUGCGGCCAAGAGACCGGCGGGUCAUAGACUGGGUGGCAAGGGUUGCUCUGCACCAGCCCCCCCCAGGAUCUCCAGGAGAGUAGUUGCAAGCCAGCCCCAACCAGCACAACUGGCACCAGCGGAGGUUGACAUGGAGACAGAGGAGGUCGACAACAGCGCCAAUGGCUCUUAA